AUGUUCAUCCUCACGACGAUUGAAGAUCUGAUUCAGAUCACGCCGCAAGAAUUCGGAAAGCCCAGCGUGCAAGCAAUCAAAGACGCCAUCAACACAAAAUAUGCAAACAAAGUCAUCCAAAACGUCGGCUUGUGCAUGUGCCUGUGGGACAUUGUGCAGACAUCCGAAGGUCUAAUCGGUCACGGGACAGGUCUGGUCAAUGUGAACGUCGAAUUCCGUAUGACUGUUUUUCGACCUUUCCGGGGUGAGAUUCUCUACGGCCGCAUCAAGUCGGCAAGUGAGGAGGGCAUAAUCCUUGAUCUGGAUUUCACGUCUGAAGUCUUCGUUCCCUACACCAACUUGUUCGAGAACAGCGAUUUCGAUCAGACGGAGCGCACUUGGAUCUGGAAGCACGAAGGAGGCUCGGAGCUCUUUUUCGACAGGGGCGAAACGGUGCUGUUCAAAGUGGACAGGGAGGAAUGGUACGAUCAGAAGCCGACGAUCGAACAGAAGGACGAAGAUGGGAAUGUGGUUGAGACCAGAGGGACGGCAUGGAGACUGAUCGGACUUAUGAACUUCUCUGGCCUAGGGCCCACGUUGUGGUGGGAGCCAGGAGAGGAAGACGGCGAAGAGGAAGAGGACGUGGAAAUGGAGGACGCUGAAGAGUGA